UGCAUGAUUAUGAGUAUAUAAGUGGGUCACAUUUUCUCAUUGACAUCGACUGCAAUUGUUCAUCAUUUCAAGUUGUUUUCUGGAUAUAAUUAUCAUCAUGAAGGUUUCAGUGAUUGCCACUGUGGCUCUGCUAUCUCUCCUGGCUCUGGCCUCUUCUGCUCCUCAUCGUCUGCAAAAAGAUAACAACAUAGUUGGCAACCGAAAGGUCGAGAAACAGGGAUACUACAAGAAUGCUGAACAGGCCGAUGAACAGGGAUACUACCAGAAUGUUGAACAGGCCGAUGAGCAGGGAUACUACCAGAAUGUUGAACAGGCCGAUGAGCAGGGAUACUACCAGAAUGCCGACAAGCAGGGAUACUACCAGAAUGCCGAUGAGCAGGGAUACUACAAGAAUGCUAUGACUGAACAAAAAGAUGGCCCCGCCGUUCGUGAGCAAGGCUAUUAUAAGCAGUUGAUGGAUGCCCUCAAGCAACAAGAUGGCGGCCCAGUUCGUGAGCAAGGCUAUUAUAAGAAGCUGAUGGAUGCCCUGCUGCAAGGAUACUAUCAAGCUGAUGAACAGGGAUACUACAAGAAUGCUAUGACCGAACAAAGAGAUGGCCCCUCCGUUCGUGAGCAAGGCUAUUAUAAGCAGUUGAUGGAUGCCCUCAAGCAACAAGAUGGCGGCCCAGUUCGUGAGCAAGGCUAUUAUAAGAAGCUGAUGGAUGCCCUGCUGCAAGGAUACUAUCAAGCUGAUGAACAGGGAUACUACAAGAAUGCUAUGACUGAACAAAGAGAUGGCCCCUCCGUUCGUGAGCAAGGCUAUUAUAAGCAGCUGAUGGAUGCCCUCAAGCAACAAGAUGGUGGCCCAGCCGUUCGUGAGCAAGGCUAUUAUAAGCAGCUGAUGGAUGCCCUCCAGCAACAAGAUGGCGGUCCAGUUCGUGAGCAAGGCUAUUAUAAGAAGCUGAUAGAUGCCCUGCUGCAAGGAUACUAUCAAGCUGAUGAACAGGGAUACUACAAGAAUGCUAUGACUGAACAAAGAGAUGGCCCCUCCGUUCGUGAGCAAGGCUAUUAUAAGCAGCUGAUGGAUGCCCUCAAGCAACAAGAUGGCGGCCCAGCUGUUCGUGAGCAAGGCUAUUAUAAGCAGCUGAUGGAUGCCCUCCAGCAACAAGAUGGCGGUCCAGUUCGUGAGCAAGGCUAUUAUAAGAAGCUGAUAGAUGCCCUGCUGCAAGGAUACUAUCAAGCUGAUGAACAGGGAUACUACAAGAAUGCUAUGACUGAACAAAGAGAUGGCCCCUCCGUUCGUGAGCAAGGCUAUUAUAAGCAGCUGAUGGAUGCCCUCAAGCAACAAGAUGGCGGCCCAUCUGUUCGUGAGCAAGGCUAUUAUAAGCAGCUGAUGGAUGCCCUCCAGCAACAAGAUGGCGGCCCAUCUGUUCGUGAGCAAGGCUAUUAUAAGCAGCUGAUGGAUGCCCUCAAGCAACAAGAUGGCGGCCCAUCCGUUCGUGAGCAAGGCUAUUAUAAGCAGCUGAUGGAUGCCUUGCAGCAGGGAUACUAUCAAGCUGAUGAACAGGGAUACUACAAGAAUGCUAUGACUGAACAAAGAGGUAGCCCCUCUGUUCGUGAGCAAGGCUAUUAUAAGCAGCUGAUGGAUGCCCUGCAGCAGGGAUACUAUCAAGCUGAUGAACAGGGAUACUACAAGAAUGCUAUGACUGAACAAAGAGGUGGCCCCUCCGUUCGUGAGCAAGGCUAUUAUAAGCAGCUGAUGGAUGCCCUGCAGCAGGGAUACUAUCAAGCUGAUGAACAGGGAUACUAUAAGAAUGCUAUGACUGAACAAAGAGAUAGCCCCUCUGUUCGUGAGCAAGGCUAUUAUAAGCAGCUAAUGGAUGCCCUGCAGCAGGGAUACUAUCAAGCUGAUGAACAGGGAUACUACAAGAAUGCUAUGACUGAACAAAGAGGUGGCCCCUCUGUUCAUGAGCAAGGCUAUUAUAAGCAGCUGAUGGAUGCCCUGCAGCAGGGAUACUAUCAAGCUGAUGAACAGGGAUACUACCAGAAUGCUGAACAGGCCGACGAGCAGGGAUACUACCAGAAUGCCGACGAGCAGGGAUACUACCAGAAUGCUGAUGAACAGGGAUACUACAAGAAUGCUAUGACUGAACAAAAAGAUGGCCCCUCUGAGAAGACACUAGUGACAGAUGCUCCAAUGCAAAAAGAUGGCUCAGUUGAUGAGCUACUGCUAGCAGUGCUGCAGUCCAUGCUGGAUGAGUGAGCAAGAGUAAACCAGCCGAAUACGAUAAACCAACAAGAACACAAAUAGUAGAACACGUUAGAAAUUGUAGAACACCUUAGAGCAAUGCAUUAUAUCACCUAAUUAUUGUUUGAACUUGGUAGAAACAAUUGUGAAGAACACAAUAGAAAGAAAUGUUCUAUAGCAAGA